UAUUAUGAAGGAGAAGAAAAUAUUUUAAUUAGUCUUUUUAAAGAUGAUUCUGACCUUGCUUGCUCUUAUGAUGGUAUUUAUAAUUGUGAACUCCUUGAAAAAGACGUAUUUGAAGAAUCUAACAUUUUGGAACGUUAUCGGACAAAACUUAAAUCGAAUUUAAAAUUAAUAAUUGACGAAGUAAAUGAAGAAGGAGAAGAACAUGUCUUGGGGAAUAAUAAAGUCUUAUGUAAAAAAUUUUCGGAAUUUUUCGACCUCUUGAAUGAUAUUAUAAGAAAACGUUUGCCUGAUUGUGAAUUCAAAAUUAAAAAUCUAUGCGAUCUAAUAUUUUUAAAAAGAGCUUAUGAUUCCUAUUUUUUUUCUGACGUAUGUGAAUAUCCUGAAAAAAAAAAGGCCCAAAUCCCUAACAGUAGUUAUUGCAAAUAUAUUAAUGAUUCUAAUAUCAUAUAUUCAUCAUAUUUUGAUAUAUGUGAACAUGAAGAUUCUAAUGAAGUUUGUAAAGAAUUUAAUGAAUUUGAAGAAUUUGUAGAUCUUGAUGUAUUUGAUGAAUUUGAAGAAUUUAAAAAAUACAUGCUUCUUUAUAUUAAUUAUGAACACUUAGGGAAGUCUGAACAUAAUAAGGAAGAUGUUUUUGAAAUUUCAUGCAAUAUGGGUUCAACAUCUGCUUCUUAUCCACAUAAAGGUAUUUAUAUAUACUACCAUUACUAGCUUCUCUGGCUUUCAAAGUGUUAGAUCAUAAAUUAUAUCCAUACAUAAUAAAUGCACAAUGGAAUAACGUUGAAGCAGAAGGAAUAACGCCAAUAACCGAAAAAGUAAUGGAAGCUGCAGGUGCAAAACCAGGAUCAUCGGCGGAAAAAGAAAGACACCUUCGUGGUCAUAUUUUAUCUCCUCAGAAGGAAUAUUAUGGUAAAGAUCAAGAUCUAUCUAGUGGAUUAUCUAAAGAUGAAGGCUAUGGAGUUACUUCAAAUUUAGGUACUAGUUCUGAAAGCAAUGGAAGUCCUAUGAAAAAAUUAGCUUCAUCAUCUUUGGUGGGGAUACCUUCCAUAAUAUUCCUCUUAUAUAAGGUUAAUAACACAUAUUUCUUAAAGUAUU